GAGAUAAAAAAUGUGUAGAGUCAAUCCGCGAUACACUCAUUCAGGAAACUCAAACUCGUCCUUUCAAAGUGUGUUUAUUUUCAGUGGCAGUGGCACAGAAGAUCCCUAUAAAUGCUGAAAACGAGAGGUUGAACAGUUUGUGAAUUUUCUGUAUGCGCCUGCAAUAAGAAGGAAACGCGGAAUACGAAUUAGACCCAUGCCUUCAUCAGCAGCCGCGAUCAGCGGUAGCACUCCAUGUACUAAAAGAUUUAGUUCACGUUGUUUUCCCUCUACACGUUUUUAAGAACUAAACGGUAGGAAUCAUAAGCAAGGAGAUGUUUCCAGGCUUCAGUCUUGGUUGAUUAGCACAUCUGGAUGAUUUAAUUGUGAUAUGAAGUUCGAAUUCUCAAGAUUAAAUCGAAAAUAUCGCAGUCAUGGACGGGACUAUUGUGCGCCGUCUGGGAUUUGUUGACAUACUUGUUGCAUCAGUGUUCACUGGAGCAUUCUUCUUUAUAGCAUUACUGCUGUACCAGCGCGCCAAGGAACAUCCAAUGAAUAGUCUUCUAAGAAAAGCUCAUAGAGUAGAUGGCUUUAUCCAGAAGCAACUGGCAAAAAAUCUUUACCGAGAAGACUUCGAUCUGCUUCCGCCUGUCAUGGGAGAAGGAGACGAUUUGUAUUCACUUGAGAAGUGUGGCAGUGUAAUGGAGCGCUACGGUUUCUUUUCAGUCGAGGUAACAGGAACUGAACAGGACAUUGAUGUGAUGGUUUCUCCGAAGAUGUUUGCCGUUCGAGACUUGGAUGUCGACGAAACACGCACACCCGUGGGUUUUGUUUGGGUGCGAAUGAGCAACUUGUUACAGCAAAUAGGAACACGAACGUCGGAUCUGCUCGAAGUGUUAAAGGAAGCGAAUCAACAGUUUGUAAGCGCAAGCGCGAUAUAUCAGCAUUUUCUAAGGAUUGCACAAUCCAGAAGUGAAGAUCUUGACUUCCACGUCGUGAAGAACGAGCCGGCAGUAACAUUCAAAGCAAGAGAAUUGCACCAGGAGCGUUAUGGCUAUAUGAGAGUUAUUGAUGUUGCGGUGUCCUUGACCUUCUCUGCUUGGCCUAAUGUGGCAACAGAAUGGUUGAAUCGCGCGAACAGAGAGUCGCACCUUCUUAGCAUCGGUACCAUUCAAAAAAUCGCAGGAAGUGGAUGCCAUUUAGUCUACAAGCCAUCAGGUUUAUCUGAAGAUCCUGAACUAGACUGGAGGUUUUCAUUCUCCAAAGCAGAGAGAACAUUGCUUCAGUAUCACAGUGAUAAACACGCGCUCAAGCUUUGUUACAUCAUGCUAAGGUACGCAUACAAGAAACACUUGAAACCGAGGUUGGAUACAAAUAAGGUUUUAGCAUCGUAUUAUCUGAAAACUUUGUUUCUAUGGCUCGCAGAGACAGAAACUGGGUUUGAUUACUAUAAUCUAGAUGAUCGGCGACUAGGCGGUCUGUUUGAGUUCAUGGUAAAGAAACUUAUAGAUUCUUACAAGAAACAAUUGCUGCCUCAUUACUUUAUUCGUCAAUGGAAUCUGCUUCGGGACUUCGCGAAAGAAGACCUGAAACAAGUGCUAGAUUUCUUGGAAGAUCUUUUGCAAAAUAGCAAAGAUUACGUCACGUACAUUCGAAAUACACGGAAGUAUGUUGCACCGCUGGCCAAACAAAAUGGAGGACCAUACAAUGAACUUCUUAUGAUUAUUGAUGAGUCUUACACAACAUACCUCCUAACUCAAGUACUCGUUAUUGCAACUUCCACCUUUGCAUCUCUAGUGUUUGUCAAGUGUGUGCUAAAUCUGUUUUCUUUAGACCUAGCCCUAUGCUCAUUGUAAUUUUAUAACGGAAACCUUUUGAUUUGAAUGUGUCUUAUUAUAUUGUACUUGUGGAUUAUGAAAUGGAAUACUAACUAAGAUAUAUUGCACUUUUUAUGAAUCACUUAUCUUAAAAGAGAGCAACAACAACAGUCUUUCACUCCAGAGUCUCCCUGUUCGAGGGCUUCCAAUGUAUUCUACAUUUGUUUUUUCAAACACAAAAGCAACACUGUUUUCCUUAAAGAUGCUAUGUUACGGUUUGCGUAUCCUGAAAAGUUUAGCCUAAAUUUUUGAAGCUAAGUUCAUCAUUUGUAAUCCGUGUUAAUCUUCUCCAUCCUUAACCAUCCCUGUUCCGUUAUGGUUUAUGAUCAUCUCUUUGGUGUUUUUACUAUCUUAGUAAACUGCUAUAUUCAGGUUUCCAUGACUGAGCUCCCUUAAAAUUGAAAAUAUUAACUUGCCCAAAAUACUAAUUACAGUAUUGGAGGAGCUUGAGUAAAAUAUUGUAAUUGUCACUGGCCAGCAAUAAAUAGCGAAGUUUCUUAAAGGGGUUAAUUUUAAUCCCGCGAAACAGUCAGUUAAAUUUGCCUACUAAUGAGAAUGCUUACUUUCUGUACAGCAAUAGUUAAGUAGUUAACAUAUCUUAUGGAAAUAAUUCGAAACAUAUCUUUCUUUUACUGAAACGUCCAGCUAGUUCAGUCGGUUUAAUGGGAAGUACUUUUCAAAACUCUUUCCUGUCGUUUGAAAUAUCUUCAGAAAGAAUAAACUAAAAAAGUUAUAUCAACUUCGCUUUUAAGACUGAUAUGAAGCCAUUGUUCCCAUCGUACGUUUAUGGUCAGUCAGGCUUCGUAAAAAGUGCCAGUUGAAGUGCGUGAAAUACGUCCACAGUCAAGCUCAAAGCGGGCGUGGUAGAAAG